AUGAAGCCUGUCUUGUUAUCUCUAGUGGUGGUUUUGACCACUAACAUCUACUGUCAAGACAGUAGCACUGAUGCCUCAUCAACGACUCCACUGGAUUGUGGAUAUCUUGCUAAUUCUUAUAAGAACGAUGACUACUCUUACGAUGGACAAUGCUGCAAUCCGAAAGCUGUGGCGUACAUGGAUGAGGAGUAUGGUAGCAAUUGGAGGGAAGACCUAGCUGACGCCGUUUCAAGAACCACAUUUUUGUUUAAUCAAAGAUUGUGUGAUGUUUCAAGUACAUCAUCCACGACUGCUGCGACAUCUUCCACAACUGAACUGAAAUCGUCAACAACUAAUUCUCCAACCACUACGACUGAAGAAAUAAAUUGUUCUUGGUACAACAGAAUGCGGGGUAUCUGUGGUGCUAGCACAGCCUCCACUACUAGUCCUGCUAAAUCUGAAUUCAAAUCUACUGAUCUAACAAGUACUACAGAAGCAGAAAUGACUAGUGAAAGUGGUGAGUGUAUGUUUAGUGUUAUGAACGAUAGUUUAGGUUGUGUGUGUGUUAUCCAAAUCGUUAAAAGUAGUCUUGGGUUAGAAUUGUAA